AUGGAUUUUCUAGAUGAGGUUAAAAGUUGGAAUUUGCUUUGUCAAAAAGCCUUUCAAGAAGACAAUUAUCCAUAUCCGGAAUUGGAAGAAAUUGGUAAGACUAUUGCAAAGAAGUGUAAUGGACUUCCUUUAGCAAUUGUUGUGAUUAGUGGAUUGCUUGCAAAUUCCAACACGACACUAGAGCACUGGGAGUCAGUAGCCAAUAAUAUAAACUCAUUUUCAAACUUAGAAUAUAGUGACCGUUGUUUAAAGAUAUUGUCUUUGAGUUACGAUAACUUACCUAUUCAUCUUAAACCAUGUUUUCUAUAUAUGCGGAUGUUUCCUGAAGAUGACGAGAUUAAAGUUUCCAAGCUAAUAAAAUUAUGGAUUGCCGAAGGAUUUUUGAAACCAUUGAGAGCUAAAACCAUGGAAGAGGUUGCAGAGGAAUACUUGGAAAACCUUAUUGACAGGCGUCUGAUUUUGGUUCCUAAAUGGGAUUAUGGAGGGAAGAAAGCUAAAACAUGCAUCAUUCAUGAUCUUCUAAGGGACCUAUGCUUGAGACAGUCUCGAAAAGAAUGUUUGAUUUGUGUCCCAAAAGCACAAUGUAUUGAAUGGGACCGCAGGGGAAGGUACUUGUGUUUCCUACGUAGUUCUUUGCUCAAUGAAGAUCAAAGGAUGGAUCUCCCAGAAGUUGAGGUUGCCUCACAAUCGACAUCACUUGCAAGCCUUUUAGUGUGCGAAAACUGUAGGAUUAUGUAUCCGAAUCUUAUUAGAUUGAGAUUAUUGAGGGUGAAAGCACUUAACUAUGGGGACGUUGAUAUAGACCUUCAGCAUCCCACUAAAUUGCGCUACCUUAAUAUGAGCAAAGGUAUGGAUUUGAACUUUGAAUCUCCAUCUACAAUAUCUUUGUUGUGGAACCUACAAACUUUAACUUUGAGUUUGCCCUUUAGAGUAAAUCUCCCGUCUGAAAUUUGGGAUAUGCCACAACUUAGGCAUCUAAUUGGAGGCGGAAGUGUUGUUUUACCUCACCCAGUAGUUACCCAAGAUUCAAUGAUCAUGGAAAAUCUACAGACGCUUGGUACUUUUCAAAAUUUUAGGUUCACAAUUGAUGUCCUUGAUAGAGUUCCAAAUCUUAAGAAACUGGGAAUUGUUCCCCCUGACAAAGGCAGCAGUGAAAAAGAUGUGUCGCUGUUGGCAAACAUCACCUUCCCAACUUCACUCAAGAAAUUGAGUUUGUCAAAUUGCUGUAUUCCUUGGGAGGAGAUGACGGUUUUUGGUUCUGUUUUGCCCAAUCUUGAAAAGCUUAAAUUGCACUUUAAUGCAUUUAAGGGACCUGAGUGGAGUCCAGUUGAAGGACAAUUUCCUCGAUUGAAAGUCCUAAUCAUAUUCAACAGUGACCUAGUGUGGUGGAGAGUAGAAAGUAUACACUUUCCCAAUCUUGAGAGACUUCAUCUUGAGUAUUUGCAGUGCUUGGAGGAGAUCACUUCAGGUAUUGGAGAUAUACCCACGCUCCUCUCAAUUGAUCUCUGGAAAUGCAGCGAUUCUUCCGUCAAUUUGGCAAAGCAAAUAUUGGAGGGACAACAAAGCUUCGAAAAUGAGACCCUCCAACUUUAUGUAGAUCAAGAACAAGUAGUCAGUGUUACUCAAUAA